CCUCCUUCAGCCUACACUCCAACAAAUUGCCUCUCUCGUACACAGUCAAGCUUCAGGCAACUCCAUACAGCUGCUCUGUACCAGCAUACGUAGAACAGGACAAGAGCGAGACAAUUAAGGGAACGAAGGCAGCACAUUUGUGAAAAGAAAAGGCACUCGGGCACAUCUGUACCGCUCUCAUGCAGUGCUGUAUACUUCCUCUCCUCCUCAUCUUCGGUGUGAGGGGGGGACUUGGGACACCUCUAACGCCAAGCCCCAGUCCUACUGAGGCCUUCAGCACGACGCCGGACCCAUGUGAGGGCAGACCCUGUCUGAACGGGGGCAUCUGUAGUCGGGUGGGAGAGAUUGAGGAGAGCACCCAGAUGCAACCUGAUGUCUGGUCUUAUACUUGUAUCUGUGGCCUGGGUUUUACUGGACAGAAUUGUGAGUUUUUUGCAGAUCCCUGCGCCAGCAGCCCCUGUCUCCAUGGCAACUGUAGCCAGGACGGCGAGGGAGAUGGGUUUGUCUGCGAGUGUAGCCAGGGUUACGGCGGGGUCCAUUGUGACCUGCCGACCUUGACCUUUGACCUGUCCGAGUCUACCUGGGACAUCGCCGAGAGCAUCGUGCCGGAACAUGCCACGCCCGCUACGCCCGCAACCACCACUCAGGUUUUUCAGCCAACCACAGUCCCCACCACAACUCAAGCUCCGCCCACUCUGGAACCAUGGCAACCCAAGCCGGGUCAGAAGGUGGUGGAGAUAUUGUGGGAGGAUCAACAGAUCACUCAUGAGGCUGAAUGUGUGAGUACCGCUGGAGGUGAAUCUGCUGGCAUGAUGACCAUUGCAAUGGAGAUCGCAGAGGAAACAGCUGUGAAACUGGUGGGCAAUGUGAGCAGGUCUGCUGUGUUGUGGCGUGUAGGUGAGGCUGGAUAUCAGCAGUGCUCUGUUGCAGAUGGUACAAUCAUGUGGUUUCAGCAGAGUUCGGAUGGCCUGGUUCUACCCGACCAGUCACUGCCAUUCGGGCACAACUACUUUAUCAGUGUGCUGCACGUUGGUACAUCCUCCGGGCCAGAGGUCACUUUGAGGCUUCACCUCAUGGUUAAAACCAAUAACUGCAUGGAACCCGGCAGUGGUUUCAGUGACCCACAAUGCUCUGGGAAAGGGAAAUGCAUCACCCAAGUCUCUGUGGACACGUUUUACUGUCAGUGUGAAGAUGGGUAUACUGGAAUCUUCUGUGAGGAGUUUGACGCAUGCCACAUAAAUCCCUGUGAAAAUAACGCCUCAUGUGCUGAUCUCAGGCAGAGAGAUGAAGGACAAAAUUACACCUGUACCUGCCAACCAGGUUUUGAGGGAGAUCGCUGUCAGUCUUUGGUGGAUCAUUGUGUUUCUGGACCCUGCAGGAAUGGAGCAACUUGUUCCAGCAGCUUAGAAGGAGCUCACUGCUAUUGUGCAGAAGGUUAUAAGGGUGCCAUGUGUGAGCAGAAAAUUGACCCCUGCGCUUCCGGGCCCUGUCAAAAUAACGGCAGCUGUUUCUCACAGGGCACCGGUUUGGGCUUCAGCUGUACCUGUCCUGCAGGUUUUACUGGACCCACCUGCGCCCAGCUGGUGGACUUCUGCGCCCUCAAUCCAUGCGCUCACGGUAUCUGCCGCAGCAUUGGUACCAGCUAUAGGUGCCUGUGUGUGCCAGGUUAUCAUGGUCUUUACUGUGAAGAGGAGUAUAAUGAAUGUUUGUCUGCUCCCUGUCAGAACUACGCCACAUGCAGGGAUCUCAUCAAUGCCUAUGAAUGCAUCUGCGCUCCACAAUUCACAGGAAAGCACUGUGAGAUAUUUAAGGACCCCUGUUUAAAGCUCAGAUGCCAGAAUGGUGGACGAUGUGAAAGUGGAGGGAGAAAUGCGUCCUGUGUUUGUCCACCAGGAUACAUGGGUGAGAACUGUGAAGUUGACGUAAACGAAUGUGAGAGUAACCCCUGUCACCAUGGCGGCACUUGCAUCGACCAAUCAAAUGGCUACACCUGUCACUGCCCACCUGGCUGGGUUGGUGGUAGCUGUGAGAUUCAUCUGCAAUGGAAGAUGGCUCAGCCCGUCGACUCAAUGACCAACAUGCCCCGUCACUCUUUGUACAUAAUUAUUGGCGCUCUGUGUGUCGCCUUCGUCCUGAUGCUCAUCAUCCUCAUCGUCGGCAUCUGUCGCAUUAGUCGUAUCGAGUACCAGGGUUCGUCCCGUCACGCCUACCAGGAGUUUUACAACUGCCGCAGCAUUGACAGCGAUUUCAGUAACGCAAUCGCUUCCAUUCGCCAUGCGAGGUUUGGGAAGAAAUCUAGACCAGCAAUGUAUGACGCCACUCCCAUCAGCUAUGAAGAUUACAGCCCAGAUGACAAGCCCCUAGUCGCGCUCAUUAAAACGAAAGAUUUGUGAAGCAAUACACUUCUAAAACGCAUUCACACACACACACAAACAUAUAUAAUAUAUAGAUAUAUAUCACACAUCCCCACAGGCAUGGUUCCAGCCUUUAAAAUGAGCCAAUAACUCAGUAUUUAUUUCCAGAAGAUAGUUAAACAAAUAAAUCAAACUGUAAUAAAAUUUUUGAUAUAUUUUACCAAUAAACUCUUAAAAAUGAAGGUGCUUAAAGGCUCUUCACAGUGAUGCUAUGAUUCCUCAAAGAACCAUUCAAUCGAAGGCUCAGUAAAAAAGCAUUUUAUACCUCUUUUAUAAUCUAAAAAACCUUUUUCCACUACAAAAAGGUUCUUCAGAUGUUAAAGGUUCCUCAUAGAUACAAUUCAGCCAAAAAUGGUUGACAUUGUGAAGCCCCUUUAUUUUUAAGAGCGACAGGAUAUAAUUACAGUAACUUGGAUUAGUCACAGACAAGUGGGCUUUGUUUGCAGAUGCAAAUAUUUUGUGGAAUGUAAGUAGAUGAAUAACAAGCCACAUUGCAAAAUGUGUGUUUGAGAGAUCUGAUGGGGGACUCUGAUCACAAAUAUGAUAGCAGCAGUCUCAGCUGUAGAAUUAGGUGUUAUAGCGCUCUCUUCAUAGUACAGUACAUACUGUAACUUUAUACAGAAGAAGAAGAAAACAAAAGACAAGACGAUGUAGGUUGCCUUAACCGGUGCAUGGAUAGGAUCAAUGGUUUUGACAUUAUACUCUGUAACCUGUUGUUUACAGUUAAUUUCUUAUUGCUCAUUGUGGUCUCUUAUGUGUCAUUAUAUUGGUGGUAGAGAAGUCUUAAGAUACCACUGCUAAUGUGAAAGCAGCACUAUACGGUGCUUUUAUAAGUAAUAUUUGGUUGUGUCAUUUCACUAAGUAAUAAAAUAGCAGUUCUGCUCUGUAUUUCA